CUUGGAUGUUAGAAGUUACCAAGUUAGAAGUUUUUUGUUACAYGUUGAUGUUAAGGCAUUUCGUUAUUUUUAAGCCUCAUAACUUCAUAGAAAUAUGAGUCACUGUACUAGCAACAAUAAACCAAAAGUUACAACGGUAAUUUUCUACACAAGUGAAAAAUGCAAUCAAGUAUAGGACAGUGCUCAGAAAAAAUGUUUUUCCUAGAAGAGGUAAAAAAGGUGGAAGAGAAGUCCUAUGCACACGACAAGGAGUUUUGCAAAAUGUUCGUUCUACAACCCGGGUGGACACUUCCGGACGCCAACGCCAUGUACACCGAGCCCGAGUGGAAGUUGAACGAGUUCCAAGAACUGAAAACAUUGCUGAACCGCACCAAACAGAAGCUGAACAAUUUUGAUUUGGAUGCGUGGCAUGUGCACACGGGAAAAAUGAAUCCGGCUUGCCUGGUGGUGAACCAUGUGAGGAGGCACGUGCGGCCAGAUUUUUUGACACAGGCAUGGUGCAAGUUCUACGAGAUCGCGUGCAGCUCGGAUCUGGUGUUGUCGGACGAGAUCCGCGAGGAAGGUGGUACAUCGUUCACCAGCGUGCAUCUGUGCGAGGCGCCCGGUGCGUUCAUCGCGGCGCUCAACCAUUUCCUGGCAAUCAACCACAAAGAGCUGCGGCUCGAUUGGCUUGCGAUGACCUUGAAUCCGUACCACGAGUCUAACGGGCACCCGGACAUCGUGACCGACGACCGGCUGAUACUGCACACACUCCCGAACUGGGAAUUCGGUCCGGACUACACUGGUGACAUAUUUCAAUCGGGAUACGCCGAACACCUGUACCGAACGGUGCUUGAGCGGUUUAGCGGAAAGGGUGCGUGGUUAGUGACGGCCGAUGGGAGCAUUGACUGUUCGGAUGACCCCGGUGAGCAGGAGACAGUCGUGUCUAGGUUGCACGAUCACGAGACAAUGGUAGCGCUCAGCGUACUCCGGGACAACGGAUCGCUAGUGCUGAAGGUGUUCACUAUUUUCGAGUGCAACACUAUCUGUCGAAUUUUCCUACUGUGCUGUCUGUUCCGGUCGGUGGUGCUCAGGAAGCCGGCGACCAGUAAGCCCGGAAACUCGGAGGUGUACGUUGUGUGUAAGGGCUACAGAGGCCGGUCGGUGGCCAUACCGUAUGUGCAGGCGUACUAUGCGAACGACCGGCACCGGGAUCCGGGCCGGGGAGGCGCCUGCAUGUUUCCGCUGUCGCUGAUACCGGUCGAGUUCAGACAGCGACUGCUUGAGUGUGCAGAACACUUUGCGCACAUGCAGAUGCGCACCAUUAAUGYAAACGUGGACGGGCUGUCGUGCAAGGAGGCGCUCUACCGCGAAAUGAAGCCGGUACAGGUAUCCAUGUGCCAAGAGUUCAUUGCCAGGUUCGGUCUGCGGUCGAUCCGGUACGCACAGGAGCUGACGGCGUUGUCGUUAAACAACUUAAACCACAAGCACAACUGGGAGCUGUUGCGGAUUGGCCGCAAGCCGCGUGGCAUGUCGUACGCUGAGAAGACGCGCAUCCGGAACAUGGACGCCGGACAGGAGGCGGGCGCGCUGUAUCGGGAGGUAGCCCAGUGCCACGAGUGGAGGGCAGUGCAACGGUAUGUGCACGACGUGGUCUGGUACAGUGCCGAGAAUCUCAUAUACCGGCUAACGGACGUAGCGUUUCGCAUGGGGAAACCGGUGACCGUGGUCAAAGGUUCCAAGUUUUGCAGCGAAGCGCUGAUAAACUACCGGCAUCGAGUGCUGUCCAGGUUCCCUCGUAGUGGCGUCGCUGCGGACGCUGAAUGCCGGCUGUCGCACUACCGCGCGACGAUCCAACGGUCACGCGCUGUCGUUUGCGAUCUGACGGACGUUUGCGAUAAACACGCUUCCGAUAACACCACCUUACAGCACAGGUGCCUGGCGGCCAUCGUCAACGCGUUGAAAGCCCUGUCGGACGGCGACGAUCUGAUCAUCGUCGGCUAUCCACUGUACACACAGCUGUCCGUCGCCAACGUUUACGCUGUGGCCAAGAUGUUCAACAUGUACGGCUUGAUCAAGCCCGACCGCUUGUACGSCCACGCGUUCGUGUUUCUUAAGUUCAACCAUGCUCAUCACGGAGACUGGCUGUCUGUGUUGGCUAAAGUCGUCUGGUACCAGGUGCCAAGCGAUCAUGGUGGUUUGGCGCUCAUCUCGUGGAUGCCCAUCAAGGUGCUUAUCGAGCAAGAGGUGUAUUCGAACAUCGUGGUCGUCAACAACUUGUGCAUCGUACAUGAGGUCGAACCCAUUUUGUCGUCGGCUUCGAGUGCGGCGUCUUCCUGUUCCUAAGUAUUAGUGUCUGGUCAAGAUUUGCUUAGCCAACAGCAACGAUAGACGGUAUAUAUAUAUGUAUAGUGAGUGUUGAAGUCGGCGGAGGUUUAUUUAAAACUGGAUUAUUGACAUAAAUUUGACAUUUCCGGCCCAAGUGUAUACCUAACACUAUACGUGGAGGCAUUUUUAUUAGUGAUGGGUCGAACCUGAUUUUUUUGUGUCGUACCGAACGGAACUAUUAACAUUUUUUAUCAAACUAAAAUUCGAACUCAGCAUUUUAUUUUAUCAUAUCUAAUCGUAAUAAUUUAAAAAUAAUACUUAAAAUUAUAUUAUCAACUUCUCUACACGAACAAUCCCGGGUGACCCUGGCCGAUGUUUGAAAUGUAGGUGGUGUCGUGAUCUAUUAGUGGACUAUUUUUUAUAGUUAACUAGCCCACUAAUCACAACUAUCUCGCCAUGAAGUGCUAUUACUGAAUAGCUUCUUCAACCAAACCAACCACGACCUACUAUAUAACCCUCCAUUGUGCUUAUUGUAAAUUUAUGUUACAGAUUGUACAAAUUAAAAUAAAUAUGAUAAAAAAAAAAAUAUUU